CAAAACAGCGAUGGCGGAACAAAUAAACGGGGAAGUGCUUGCAGUGAGUUUAGAAACAUCUAAUACAUUCACAAAUUAUCACAACCUCCGUUCAAAAAUAUGCCUAAAAACUUCGCAAGAAAAAGGGAUCAACGUUACAUUCUGUACCGGAUUCAAUGUGUAACGACUCGAGCUGGACAAAACGACUUCUCAGAAGAACCACCAGCUACAGAAACCUCUGGGCGACGAUCCCCAAAAACACAGACAACAACAAUCAAAUAUAUAAACACACCAAACAGCUCCAAUGCAAAUGAUAUAUCUUCAGGUCAGAUGAAAUCCGAAGAUGUCGUAGUAAGCAGGUUCUCCACCUGGACUGACUUCAACAACAGGGAAGAUGGGGGGCUGGAGAGGAAGUUCACCCUGACCAACAUCAUGAUCUACUAUACCACCGGCUCCAUCGUGUCCUCCAUGAGGUUCUACAAGGAGAACUUAAAGACCAACAUUGAGAACAGACUGGAUAAUAAGACUGGGGUGUAUGUGCCUACAGGCCUGGCCGCGUUUCCCAACGAGCUAAUGCACGUGCCCCAGUCGUGGGCCAGAGACAGGUUCAGGAACAUCUACUCCUACUCUUACAUGCCCCGAGGAGGCCACUUCGCCGCCUUCGAGGAGCCACAGCUCCUGGCUGACGACCUGCUGCAGUUUGUGAAGAAGGUGGAGAAGUUGUAGAGUUGAUGGAUACAAGAGGUCGACUCUCCACUCCUGCCAAGUGCCUGGAAGAAAAACCAACAGGACUGCAGAACUUGAUAACACUACAGCUUGGAAUUGUAGCUUUGUACUAAAACAUUUAAAUGUUAAUCUAAGAUAUAAAGUCAGAAGCACUGUAUGAUUAUCAGGUAAAUACUUUGUCAAUCAGUGAUGUUAACACUGCAAUAUGAUCAUGCUCAGUGAUUGUGUUGGUGUAAUAUUAAGCCUAUACAGUCAACAUAAUGGACCAAUACUGUAAUUAAAAAAUGAAAUGAUCAGCACUUCAAUACAGAUUACAAUUGUCUUCCAGAUUGCACCACAACUGUGUGAAAGCAGCCUCAAUCACAGAUUGAGGCACAGUUGUGGUGCAAGUCUGUUCUUCUCGGUUCAAUAAUGAAAUACUAAUUAUUUGUGAGGCUGGUUUCCAGGAGUGAUCAGGACACAGCUUAAGUUUAGUCCUGGACUAAUAAUAUUUCAAUGGUAGUGUUCCAUUGAGCAUGAUUUUUAGCCUAGGUCUAGAUUAAGCCUAGUCUAUGUCCCGGAAUUCAUGAUGAAUUUUAUGUUUCUUUCUAUGUCUGUUCUUGUUGUAAUAAUGCUGUACUGCUAUAAUAUACUACUGCUGUACUGUUAUAGCAUAUUAUACUACUGCUAUAGUAUACUACUGCUGUAAUCAUGUCUAUUGUGACGACCCUGUAAGGCAGGGAUGUCAAACUCAUUCUACAGAGGGCAAAGUGUCUGUAGGUUUUCCUUUCAAUUAAGACCUAGACAACCAGGUGAGAGGAGUUCCUUACUAAAUAUACUUCAAUGUGUUCCAUUGAGCAUGGUUUUUAGCAUAGGUCUAGAUUUAGCCUAAUCUAUGUCCAGGAAACCAUGAUGAAUUUUCUGUGGACCCCAGGAAGACUAGCAGUCACUAAGGCAUCAGCUUAUGAGGAUCCAAAUAAAGAAAUUAA